GCUCACAUUCUUCCACGUAGCGGUGUUUGCGAAAGUAGUAGCCAGCCAGGAUCCAGCCCAAAACAACAUCAGAACUCGAGGCAUCUCACAGGCAAGACAUCUUCCUUCUCCAAGAAAAAAAUAUUUGUCGUUAAAAACGGCAAAUGCUGUGUAAAAUGUAACUUGUAUUUUGGGAUUUAAUUUCUACCUUGAUAGCUAUCUGACACAAUGGUCGCAGUAGCUGUUAGCUGGCUAGCUAACUACAAUGCUAUUUGCAUUGGAUAACGAUACACUUCACGAGCUACUUACUGCUAGCUAGUUAGCUACCUGCUAGCCUCUUGGUUGAGUAACACUAGCCAUUUGUCAUCUUCUAAAGUAUGUGUCACUGUUCAAAGUUUGCAAAUCAGGUGAACGUAGUAUUUAAUUUUGCGUGGUGCUUAAUCAACUCUUUCCAACUUUGACCACCCAAAAAUAUGUCGGCACCAAUCUAGUCAACGUUAGCUAGCUACAGCCAGUUUGAGUAACAUUGAAUGUGUAGUAGGCAGCAUUCAAAAAACAAAUACAUUCACUCACUGUCACUACAGUUGGGCAGAAGGCUACUGGCUAUGUCAUGUUUCAAUUCCACAACACCUAAUAGGUAGCUAGCUAACAAGUUAGCUGCUAAUUUGUAAAGUUACCAUUUUACAUCAACUGUUUGUUUUUUGUCAUGGGCCUGUUCUUUAGUCAUUUAAACUUGCCUAAACACAGUUUAGAUUAGGAUUAUAGGUAUCCCAUUUUGGUUAUGUGAAGAGAAAUAAGAACAACUUGGCAAUGUGAUGUGUUUAAGCUAAGCACACACAAAAACAGUCUACAGUUACAGCCUAGGAUUACUAUCCAGGACAUCCAUGAAUUGUGUGCAUUGAAAGACAAUGGCUUGAAGCCGUGUCAACAACAUGAAACCAAAGAGCAAACAGGUGUGAGUGAAGAGGAAAAGAGAAUCGUUCCACUUAAGUUACUUUUCCUUUUGGGUGGCGGGAGUAUAUAGAUUAAACACCACAGUGAGUGUACAGCCAAGGUAAAGUAGCCUACUGUGAAUUCUGUUGUCGCAUAGGCCUAGCCUCUGUCACAGGUAUUCACUGAAGCCUGGGUGCCCAAGGCUAGUUGUGACAUAAUGCCCUGGUGGAAUGCUACAAAUGCAAGUAGGUAGUGUCGAUGAAAAUUUAAGUAUUUCUUAAUUCAUGUCCAGGUACAGCGGGCAGAAGAAUUUAGUUCCUUUUAACUGACCCACCUUCAUUCACGUGGACUGGAUUUUCUCUGAAUUUAAACUUUGCACCAGUGGAAAAUCAACCAAAUAAUUCAAAGUAGGCCGAAUGCUUUUUAUUUUUACAUUAGUGACAAUGAUUAUGAAACUUCCCCAGAAUGUUGUGUCAUCAUGGGAUGAGUGAUCAGGGGUACUGGUGCUCUCUACCCAGUUAUUCCUCCUGUGGCUGCUGCAGAGGAGAACCAGAUGUCGUAAACCAAGACUGAAGCCUACCACAUUUUGGGGGAUUUGAUGCUGAACAUCUACAACUAAGAAACCAUGGGAGUCUGUCCUGCUGUGUCCAUGUUUUUCCGGAAGUGCAAGUAUAUGAUACUGUUGCUGCUCUCCGUCUCCGUCUUGGCUUGGUACGCCACUUUUGCCGGUGAAACAGUGAAAGCAAUUCAGGGAACCCUUUUGCCAGCGCAAACACUUGCUGAUAAUACUGAGGUCCUGAGUGGGGGAGAAGGAGACUCGUGGAGAUCAGUGACACAGGUCUUCUCCAAUCCUCUCCUUGACACCUCACCAUCAAAACAAAGCUGUCCUGAGAAAUCGCCACUGCUCCAGGGAGCUCUAAACCUCACAUUUGAGGACUCUCUAACGCUGAAGGAGGUGGAGAGUGAGAACAGUGGAGUGGCUGAGGGCCAAUACCUGCCUCCAGACUGCCUCGCCCAGCAGAGUGUGGCUAUCCUCAUUCCCCAUCGUAACCGGGAGAAACACCUCCUCUACCUCCUGCAUCACCUACACCCCUUCCUUCAGAGGCAGCAGCUGCACUACAGCAUCUACGUCAUCCACCAGGCUGGAGAGGUGACGUUUAACCGUGCCAAGCUACUUAAUGUUGGGUACUUGGAGGCACUCAAGGACUACGAUUGGGAUUGCUUCGUUUUUCAUGAUGUGGAUCUGGUUCCAGAGAACGACUACAACCUAUACAAGUGUGACCAACAGCCCAAACACUUAGUGGUCGGCAGGAAUGCCACAGGGUACAAAUUGCGAUACAAAGGGUACUUUGGAGGGGUGACGGCCAUGACGAAGGACCAGUUUCACAAAGUGAACGGCUUUUCAAACACUUACUGGGGAUGGGGAGGGGAGGAUGAUGACCUUCGCAUCAGGGUGGAGCUCCAGAAAAUGGAAAUUAUACGACCCUCCCCUCUCAUAGCACGCUAUACCAUGGUAUUUCAUAAAAGAGAUAGCGGCAACGAAAUCAAUAAAGACAGGAUGCGUUUGCUAGCACGGACACCUAAAGUCUGGAGAAAGGAUGGCCUUAACACCUGCUCCUACAGUACUCUAUCAGUUGAGAGGCCGCCUCUGUACAUUAAUGUCACCGUUGACAUUGGCGAACCAAUGCACUGAUGCUUCGGAGCACCUCUCUUCAUUUACUGCAGUGUGUACAGGAUUAUUGAUCUGGCAUGUCCAUGCCUACAUGUUACUUACCAGAGGGUCGCAAACAGAAGGUUAGUGGCAGUAGCUGUUGACCAUAAUUAAUGUGAUCUACUCAGUUUUCACUGUAAACCAUUCCAAGCAGGGCAUGUAAAAUUGCUAGGUCCUCAUAAUGUAAGUCUGGAAGCCCAGUCAAACCUGGUGACCAGGUUCUAGGGGUGAGAGUAAGACCAAAAUAUAUAUUUUUCUCUACAACAGAGCAUUAUUUGAUUUAUCCUAGACUUAAAGGGGAAAUCUGCAAUUGCUACAUCAAUUUUGGGACUUAUAAAUUAAUGAUAUUUAUCCAUUGAUUCUUGA